AUGGACGCUACAAACAGUAACCCAUCACAGGCGGUAGCCGUUCGAAAAAAAAUUACCUGGACCAGAGCUCAAAAAACCCGCCUUUCUGAAGUUUUCCAGUCUUCAAUGUUCAUCACUCAAAGAAUGAUCAACGAAUUGGCAGCUGAACUGGGCGUGAGCCAGAUGAAGGUUGAGAUUUACUUCCGCGGAAAACGCAAUACCUUGAAAGAAAAAGCCAAGAAAGAACGCAUGAGAAAGAUCGCACGGGACCUUCCUGCAACUCAAGCUGCAAAUGUUGUCAUCCCAGCUAUCCCAGCGAUGCCAAUGGAAACGGCAAACAACGGACCACCGAUUGCCUUUCCUGCAACUCAAGCUACAAAUGUUGUCAUCCCAGCUAUCCCAGCGAUGCCAAUGGAAACGGCAAACAACGGACCACCGAUUGCCGUCAAUCCAACGUUGAGUGUUCCACACCAUAGCGCUCCGAUGACCGGGGGGAACUAUCAAUGGGGUACCCCAGCUGCAAUGCCAAUGCAAAACCAGGCAAUGCUCGGCUUCGAUCCACUCGGUUAUGGUGACGCUCAUGUUGGACUCUACAAUGCCAACUACGCCAAUGCUCCUUCGUAUCCAUCAGCUCAAAAUGCCAUGGAUUGGAAUCAGGGAUACGUCGGGUACCAGAACAGUUACCAGCCACCGUUCUACGCUGGACAGGUCAAUCCACCAGGUACUUGCUAUUGCGAUGGAAUCUGUGGAUUCUUUGGCAACAAUCAUUAUUUCUAUCAUUGA